AUGAAAAUCCUCAUCAGCACGAACCUACCAACAUUCCGUUCUGUGCUUGGAGAUGACUCUUCACAAGUUUGCUUUUCCCUACCCGAUUCCAAUAUUGCCCAACGAUUGAAUGGCCUCAUCCCGAUAGAUCUCUGGAUAUGCCAAGGUAGCGAGGUUACCGAAGAGCUAGUGGAUCAGUGGUCACAUCGGAAUUGGAACUCGCCAAAAGUGCUCCUAGUGCACGACGCCGAACUUGUACCCCAUCUUCAGAACCUAUCUAAGGGUCGUGUGGCUGAGAUUCAAGCAAUUCCUAAGCAAGAGCAAGACGAGCCGUCAUGGGUGGUGUCGACUCUUCAAGCUGGAGAAAGGCUUUACGCCCGCAGUUGUGCUCGCGGCGCAGUUCGUCCGAAAGAAGUCAUCCUUGACCUCCCAGCCAAAAGAACAGUGGUACUCGUCGGAGCGGGGAUCAUGAAUCUUGUGACAGCAGAUUUCCUUGCGACCCGCGGUUUUCGAGUACGGGUUGUAGAUGCCGGCCCAGAUCCCCGUACUUGCGAAGACUGGACUCGCCUAGGUACCACGCAUGGGGGAGGCGAUGCUCGUAUGUUUACGUUCACCGAAGCGGAUUGCUACAACGAAAGAGGCAGUGAUAUAUAUCAUAAUAUGCGGCAAGUCUUUCGCAAAACUGCUCUUAAUGGCGGCUGGAGUUUGAAAUCAAAUACCAAUUUCAACACCGCCGAAAUUGCCUGGGUUAAAACUUUUGAGCAACUUCCAGCUUGGUUAGCGAAGGCCUUCAAAGAAGACAUUUACUAUGUCAAUAAAGUAGCUGGAAAGCUCUGGACUGAAUACAAGGACCGCUCUCCGGAGCUCUUCGGAGGGGUUUCGUUUCACGCCAAUAUUCUACGCUUAUAUGUCGAAGAAACCGCCCUGACUGAGGCUUAUAAGCUGAACCGACGGCUUGGAGCAGUUGUAGAGGAGUUUUCUCAAUCAGAGCUUCUAAGUGAAUACACCGGGUUUCGCGCCGCUGCCGAAUCAGGCGAGCUUGCUGGUGGACUCACCGUACAAGGGUUUACACUCGCCAUUCACUCGUUCGUGGAUAAGUUAAUCAACCGUAUCAUGGGGCUUGGUGGAGAUUUCACUUGGAAUUGCCGCGUGGAGCGAAUUCAACGCAAUGCUUCAGGUGAGGUUACUUUGCUGGAAUCUCAGCAUGGAGCUCUCCACGCGGACAAUUUCGUGAUAAGUGCAGGGGUUCCGCAAAAUGGAUUGCUAGAAGGAACGGCUUCGGAGAACCUUAUCCAUGGCGUGUUGGGAGUAUGGCUACGAAUUCCUAACUUGAAUCCUAUGAUAAACAGGUCCAUCAAAAUUCAUCGCCGCGGUUGUCUUGUCGAAGAUAUCAAUGUUACUGUAUCUAGAGACAUCAAGACAGGCGAGGAUAUUCUCAUCUUUGGUGGUGGGUACGGUUACGUCGGGUCGGGUCGCCCGCCACCGGAGUGUCCUGAAUUGCAAGCACUUUUCGAUGAGCUUGAGAAAGUGGCACAGAUAUACUUCCCCGAGGCUUAUCAGGUGGCGAAAGAGCAAGGCGCACUGUGGCCAGACGGAGAACGAAAUUUUUGUAUACGGCCAUUUACUUGUACAAGUUUGGGCAUCUUUGAAGACAUUCCCACUACAAGUGGUGGACGUCUUGUCAUAACUGGUGGAAAUAACACAGGGGGUUUUGCCCAAGCCCCGGCCAUUGCAAGAGCGGUAUGUUGCGCUAUGGUAGGUGAGCACGAUCCAAUUCAUGCUCUAUUUAGUCCUCAUCGCGGCAGACUGGCAACCCAACAGGAAAAUGUUUCGCAUUUAUAA